AUGGAACAAAAAGUCGGCUCACAACAAGGCGUAAAAUUUCUCUUAUAUUUUGCGGUAAUGUCAGUAUUUCUAAGAACAUCAUUAUCAGGACCAGCCAUCAUCAGUCCACAACACAAUAUACACUUUGAGACAUUAGUUGGUUCUUCUGAACCCUCAACAUUCGAUUUAACAUCAAAAGAUGAAGAAAAUCCUGCAAUAUAUCAUCAAGUUGCUUUAUCAUCGAUGGACAACACUGGCGUUGUAUUGGCCA